AUGGUAACUACCUGGAAAUGGCUGUGGGCAAACAAAAAUUAUUUUAUCAUCUUUCUCGUCCCACUCUUCUUCCUUCCACUGCCUUUGGUAGUGCCCGGAACAGAAGCGAGCUGCGGCUAUGUGAUCAUAAUAAUGGCUGUAUUCUGGUGCACAGAAGCUCUUCCACUGGCUGUCACUGCCCUCUUCCCAAUAGUGCUCUUUCCUAUGAUGGAUAUUAUGGACUCCUCAACUGUGUGCAGCCAAUAUCUGAAAGAUACCAACAUGCUCUUCGUUGGAGGACUACUAGUGGCAAUAUCCGUUGAGAAAUGGAAUUUGCACAAGCGGAUAGCCCUGAGGGUGCUGCUGAUUGUUGGAGUCAAACCUGCCCUGUUGCUACUGGGGUUCAUGACAGUUACAGCCUUCCUCUCAAUGUGGAUCAGUAAUACUGCCACAACAGCCAUGAUGAUACCAAUAGCUCAGGCUGUUCUGGAGCAACUUUACAGCUCUGAAGAGAAACUGGAAGAGUAUUCAUCUGAAAGCAAUAGCACGGGCAUGCUUUCAUUUUUAGGUGCAACUAAAGUUGUAAUUGAUCUAAAGGAUGGCACAUUGAAUCAAGAGAAACAAGCCUUAAGGCUACAGAAACACCUUAAACUAUGCAAGGGAAUAAGCCUUUGUGUGUGCUAUUCUUCCAGCAUCGGGGGCAUUGCAACAUUGACUGGCACCGUACCCAACCUUGUUUUGAAAGGACAGAUGGACGAGAUGUUCCCUGGAAACAACAAUGUCAUCAACUUUGUGUCAUGGUUUGGUUUUGCCUUCCCCAUCGUGAUUCUGUUGCUUGCUCUUGCCUGGAUCUGGCUGCAGAUCAUGUUCCUGGGAAUUAACUUCAGAAAUAAUUUUGGCUGUGGUGGUAACUCAGAGCAGAAGGAAAAAGAGAAGCGAGCGUACAAAGUCAUCUCUACUGAGCACAAGAAGCUGGGUUCUAUGAGCUUUGCAGAGAUCUGUGUUCUGGUUUUAUUCGUCUUGUUGGUUAUCUUGUGGUUCUUGAGGGAUCCAGGUUUCAUGCCAGGCUGGGCAACUAUCAGCUUUAACAAGCAAGGAAAAGCGAAUGUUACAGAUGCCACAGUUGCUGUAUUUAUAUCCCUCAUGCUAUUUCUAUUCCCUUCUGAAUGUCCCUCGUGUAAGUCCGAGGAUCCCGAGCAGACAGGUAAGAGACGGAAGGUAAAGACCUUUGUGCCUCCACCGCUUCUGGACUGGAAGACUGUAAACCAGAAGAUGCCAUGGAACAUAGUCUUUCUGCUGGGAGGGGGCUUUGCUCUCGCUAAAGGCAGUGAGGACUCUGGACUAUCAAUAUGGAUUGGAGAAAAACUCACUCCCCUGGAGAGUAUACCCCCUGCAGCUAUAGUCUUGGUGUUGUGCUUGCUGGUCGCUACGUUCACAGAAUGUACCAGUAAUGUGGCCACCACUACAAUUUUCCUACCCAUUCUGGCAUCUAUGGCAAAAGCCAUACAGCGGAACCCAUUAUACAUCAUGUUGCCAUGCACCCUCUCUGCCUCCUUUGCAUUUAUGUUACCAGUGGCUACACCACCUAAUGCCAUAGCCUUUUCAUACGGGCAGCUUAAGGUUGUUGAUAUGGCUAAAGCUGGAUUUAUGCUGAAUAUCUUAGGAGUACUUGUUAUUACACUGGCCAUUAACAGCUGGGGGUUUUACAUGUAUGACCUGGGCACAUUCCCUUCUUGGGCAAACUUCACAGGAAAACCAUAGCAACAUAUUAUUAUUAUUAUUAUUAUUAUUAUUAUUAUUAUUUCCAUUUGGAGACGACCGCUACAGUAUUUAGUAUAUUGAUGCAGACAUUGCUGUGGAUAGCCUUUUUGGGGGUGUAUGCAAUCCUCCUUGCUAACAAUGCCUACAUAUUGAAUCCCAGCAUACAAUCUUUGAAAUGCAGAAUCACCAAUGAUCUCUAAAGAUGACAACCUUGCAGGGAAGGUGACUCGGUAUGGAAAGGGAAAAGCUGCGUUUGCUGGACAAGGAAAAAGUAGAUACUGCACUCUACUAAAAAGACAAGGUCAAAAGGAAGGAAAGGCGCGCUGGUUUUCACAAAUAAAAUAAUUGUUUUUUAUUUAUUAAGUUUCUUUUUUUAAAUGGGAUCUAACUGGAGAACAGGAAAACUUUUAUUAUUUUCUUAAUUUUGAAAGUUAGCUAACCAUCAAAUCUAUUAUUAUUUUAAU